AUGACAGCUGCUCAUGUGCCUCAGGAUUUACCAGGAUCAGACACCGCCGCAAAUCUAGUCGCCGGUCAAUUCCCCUGCGAGACGUCUGAACCCGUCCCUCUGCUUUCGAGCCUGCUGCAUUCCAGGCUUCACCAUCGCCGGUCAACUACUGUGACCGCGACAGUCGAAAAUACCGAUUUCGCGACCCAACAAUUUCCCAAGCAAGCCGGUCUCGCUCGUCGCGGGUCUAUCUUCAGAAAGCUGGCGGGUCCCCGGGAAAACGCGAAGCGCUUUCUCCGCCUAGGAACCGCCCAAUCUCCAGCGCCGCCGUCGCAGGAUCGCCCGAUGGCUCGGCCACGUCGUCAUCGCCCUGUCUCUGAGAUCAUUCUUUCCCCAGACGAUGUCAACAUGCUUGCCGCCCCAUCUCUUCAUCCGGGCAGAAUGCGCUCGCAUUCUUCCUCGAACUCGUCGGUAGUAGCCUCUCGUGGGCCGUCGCCGGGCUGCGUUCCUGACAACGCGUCGUUUCCAUCGUUGCCGAACGAAAAGAUCGUUGCGACGGGAAGUGGGAUUGCUGUUGGAAUCGCCCUUACGGAGCCUGUGCUCUUCCUUCAGGGCUACGACCAGAAUGACCCUACUACAAAGAAGUCUGCCAUCUUGCGCGGGCAGUUGCAUUUAAAGAUAUCAAAAAGUGUCAAGAUCAAGAAAAUCUCGAUUUGUUUCAGAGGACAGGCGCAGACCGAUUGGCCAGAUGGAAUUCCGCCCAAGAAGAUCCACUUUCACGAUAAGAAAGACCUAGUUACCCAUGGAGUCGUAUACUUCAAUCACGGCGAUACAGCUCUUAUGCAAAAUGACUACGGCGCCCACAUUUAUAAGCACGCCAAACCUCUAAGUGUAGUAACGGGGAACAAGGAUAGCACGACUACGAUCACCCGAGAGGUUUUUAGUAACAGCAACUCCUCAACAUCGCUCAAUGGUCUGACCAGCAGAGAGGCAAAACGCCUCUCAUUACAGUCCAGCAACUCGCGCAGUUUUGGUAAGGGCGAUCCGCCGCCGGCCGGUCCGCCCCAAACUCAGCGCAACUAUCGAUUGUUUCCAGUCGGCGAUUAUCUGUACAGUUUUGAGUUCCCAAUCGACGGUUCCCUUCCAGAGACGAUCAAGACGGAACUCGGCUUUGUGAGGUAUGAUCUGGAAGCCAUCGUGGAGCGUUCCGGCGCUUUCCGGCCAAACCUGCUGGGCACCCUGGAAGUGCCCGUCAUCCGCACACCGGCAGAAGGCUCGCUAGAGCAAGUCGAACCGAUUGCCAUUUCGCGGAACUGGGAGGACCAGCUGCACUAUGAUAUUGUGAUUUCGGGGAAAUCCUUUCCGCUUGGGUCUCAGAUUCCGAUAGCUUUCAAGCUUACUCCUCUAGCAAAGGUUGAGUGCCACCGGAUCAAGGUCUUUGUGACGGAAAACAUUCAGCACUGGACUGCCGACAAGAGUGUACACAGAUUUCAACCUGCAAAGAAGGUACUGCUUUUCGAGAAACGGGCCGACCAGGCAAGCACCAGCACGUAUCCCGGUAGCUCAAUGCGCGUUACGGCUGGUGGAGGCAUCGAAUGGGAUCAACGCGCAGCUGCUGCGCGAGGGGAGGAAAUUGUCGAACGGGGUCGAACCAACCUACUUGGAAACCUGAACAGUGAAUCCGGGGUAGGACCGACUGAAAUGGAAUUCAGUGUUCAACUUCCGAGCUGCCACGAAAUGAAGAAUCGAGAUGAGUCCCAGCGUUUGCAUUUUGACACAACGUAUGACAACAUCCAGAUCAACCAUUGGAUCAAGAUCGUCCUUCGUCUGUCUAAGCAAGAUGAACGUGAUCCCGGGAAACGACGACACUUUGAAAUCUCGAUUGAUUCGCCCUUCCAUCUUCUCUCAUGUAAAGCCACGCAAGCAAACAUAUACCUACCGGCGUAUACAAACCCUGGAUCGGAGCCUGCAAGUCCAGCACCACAGUUUGAAUGUGGAUGUGCGGGCGCUCCGCAAAUCCGCCGGAAUGGAUCUCGCACUCCGUCCAGCUCUGACCGUGAUGAUCCACCGGCUCACGUUACUAGGAGCUUUACUAGUGGUUCUGGCGGUUUGGCCCGACCUCCAGCGGCGCAUCUAGCUUCCGAGUCAGACGGACAAGUGACCGAACAGGUGCCUCGGCCGAUGCACCUGCUCCGCGCCCCAUCUUUUGCACCGCCCGCAUUUGACGAGGUGCCUCCUCCGCCACCCCUCAUCACACCUCCGCCAGAGUAUACUAGUAUAGUCGGAGACAACGACCGCGAAGCAGUGCUGCAAGACUACUUCUCGCGUCUCUCCACCUACGAAGAACAUGUCGACGAUGAGCGAGGCUCAGGACGAGUCGACGUGCCCUUAACACCUGGGGCGCGCGUCAACCGCAGUAUGGACGUUCCGAGAGAAUGGAUCCGUCUAGAUCAGACGGCGUGA